AUGUCUGGUUUUCUCGAGAAUGCGUACAGUCUCGUUCACCAGGACAAUGCGGCCGAUGUCCCCACCGUCUCCGACCUGCGCAAUCAGCUGGAGAAGGGUACCGAUGAGACCAAGGUCGAGACAAUGAAGCGCAUCCUGACCAUUAUGCUCAAUGGCGACCCCAUGCCCAGCCUGUUAAUGCACAUCAUCCGUUUCGUUAUGCCUUCGAAGUACAAGCCUCUCAAGAAGCUACUGUACUUCUACUAUGAGAUCUGCCCUAAACUCGACAAUACCGGCAAGCUUAAGCAGGAGAUGAUUCUGGUCUGUAACGGUAUCCGAAACGAUCUCCAACAUCCCAACGAAUACAUCAGAGGAAACACCCUGCGCUUCCUCUGCAAGCUCAGAGAAGCUGAGCUGAUCGAACCUUUGCUCUCCUCAGCGCGAUCCUGCCUCGAGCAUCGACAUGCCUACGUCCGAAAGAAUGCAGUCUUCGCUAUCUCCUCAAUUCACACACAUUCGCCUUCCCUGAUCCCCGAUGCCUCAGAACUUAUUUCUACUUUCCUCGAGGGGGAAAGUGACGGCGUUUGCCGAAGGAACGGCUUCGCUGCUCUUGCUAGCAUUGAUCAUGAUGCUGCCCUACUUUACCUAGGUUCUGUUUUCGAGGGUAUUCCCAACGCAGAGGAGCUUCUUCAGCUGGUUGAGCUCGAGUUCAUCCGCAAGGAUGCUGUUCAAAACUCCCAGAACAAGGCUCGAUAUCUAAGACUCAUUUUCGACCUGCUCGAAGCCGGUGCCUCAACCGUUGUAUACGAAGCCGCCUCGUCCCUCACUGCUCUUACCAACAACCCCGUAGCUGUUAAGGCUGCGGCCGCCAAAUUCAUCGAGUUGAGCAUCAAGGAGGCAGAUAACAACGUUAAGCUGAUUGUGCUUGAUCGAGUUGAUCAAUUGCGCAAGAAGAACGAAGGUGUCCUUGAUGAUCUGACCAUGGAGAUUCUCCGAGUUUUGUCCAGUACCGAUAUCGACGUCAGAAGAAAGGCUCUUGGCCUCGCCCUUGAAAUGGUGUCCAGCAAGAAUGUUGAAGAGGUUGUCCUGCUACUGAAGAAGGAACUGUCAAAGACCGUCGACCAGGAAUACGAGAAGAACACCGAGUACCGAUCUCUCCUUAUUCACUCCAUCCACCAAUGCGCUAUCAAGUUUUCCGAGGUCGCUGCGAGCGUCGUGGAGCUUCUUAUGGAUUUCAUCGCCGACUUUAAUAAUGUUUCCGCUGUCGAUGUCAUCAACUUCGUUAAGGAGGUAGUCGAAAAGUUCCCUAAUCUGCGAACUACCAUUAUCGAGCGUCUCGUCUCCACUCUGGGAGAAGUCCGAGCUGGCAAGGUGUACCGUGGUAUCAUGUGGAUCAUUGGUGAAUACUCUCUAGAAGAGAAGGAUAUUCGAGAGGCUUGGAAGAGGAUACGUGCUAGUUUGGGUGAAAUGCCUAUUCUUGCAUCCGAGCAGCGGCUACUGGAUUCACACGACGGCGAAGAGAAGACCGACGAUUAUCUCAAUGGAACAUCAAAGCCCGCUGCUCCAUCUGGUUCACGCAAGGUGCUCGCUGAUGGAACAUAUGCCACUGAGACAGCUCUUACUAGCCAGUCUUCAGCGGCUGCUAAGUUGGAGGCUGUCAAGACUGCUCAGAAGCCCCCUCUGCGCCAACUCAUACUCGAUGGAGACUAUUAUCUGGCGACUGUUCUGUCAUCCACCCUUGUCAAGCUUGUCAUGAGACACCAUGAGAUUUCUUCAGACAAAGCUCGAACGAACGCCCUCCGAGCUGAGGCUAUGCUCAUCAUGAUUUCCAUCAUCCGCGUUGGUCAGUCUCAGUUCGUCAAGGCUCCUAUCGAUGAGGACUCUGUCGAUCGAGUUAUGUCCUGUGUGCGAUCAUUGGCGGAAUUUGAGAAGAAGAAGGAGCUUGAGACUGUUUGGCUGGACGACACCCGCAAGGCUUUCCGGGCCAUGGUCCAGGUUGAGGAAAAGAAGCGUGCCGCUAAGGAGGCUUUUGAGAAGGCUAAAACAGCUGUGCAGGUUGACGAUGUUGUGCCUAUCCGGCAGCUAGCUAAGAAGAAUGCCUCAGAUGGUACGGAUGAGAUUGAGAUGGACUUGGAGAGGGCGACUGGUGGCGAGGGCACUGCCGAAGACCUAUCAUCCAAGCUCAGCCGGGUGGUCCAGUUGACAGGUUUCUCUGAUCCUGUUUAUGCUGAAGCCUACGUCAAGGUUCACCAGUUCGAUAUUGUCUUGGACGUCCUUCUAGUCAACCAGACUACCGAGACCCUCCAGAACCUUUCGGUCGAGUUCGCUACCCUUGGCGAUCUGAAGGUAGUUGAGCGACCUACUACACAAAACCUGGGUCCUCAUGACUUCCACAAUGUUCAAUGCACAAUCAAGGUCUCGUCAACAGAUACUGGUGUCAUCUUUGGUAACGUUGUGUACGACGGUGCCCAUUCUACCGACACCAAUGUGGUUAUUCUUAACGACUUGCACGUUGAUAUUAUGGACUACAUUCAGCCUGCUACAUGCACUGAGACCCAAUUCCGCACCAUGUGGACUGAGUUUGAGUGGGAGAACAAGGUCAACAUUAACUCAAAGGCCAAGACACUACGCGAUUUCCUCGACCAACUUAUGGCCUGCACAAAUAUGAACUGCUUGACACCAGAGGCCAGUCUCAAGGGUGACUGCCAGUUCCUGAGCGCCAACCUUUAUGCAAGAAGCGUAUUCGGUGAGGAUGCUCUUGCUAAUCUGAGUAUUGAGAAAGAGGGCGAGGACGGACCCAUAACUGGUUUCGUCCGAAUAAGGAGUCGGUCACAAGGCUUGGCCCUGAGCCUAGGCUCAUUGAAGGGUCUCAACAAAAUCGGCUCGACGGCUUAG